UAUCCCAUCUAGUCCUAUAGGGUCUUUUAGAAGUUAGGCCUACCACAUCCUUAAUCAUCUCUAAAAUCGGUUUAUAUUUAUAGCAACAAGCUCAAUAUAAGCAAUGUAAAGGGUUCCCACUUAUUUUAAUAAAAGAGAAAAUAUAUAACAAGAUAUUCAAGGUUAAUCAGAGACAGAGUUGUCGCUGUAAGCUGUAAGUAAUAUUCGUGCAUGCAGGACCCGGCGGCUGCAGUCUUUGCUCGAGCUGCAGCUUCCUCAGCAUCAGCAUCUCCAUCGACUCGCAUCUUUUGUGGAACUAGAGUACCGUGACGUGCGAAUAUAUCGGCUUGAAGCUGUUUAAAGAAGGAAACUUGGACUCUAUACAGAAGAAGCAAUGAAGUCUUAUCCCUCACCAGCAGCUUGUUUUUUGUUUUUAGCAUGUCUGUCGUGUAUGGUGGGUGGGAUCACUGCAACAGAUCCAUACCAGAAACCCAGCUUCUUGGAUUUUAACUCUUGGUUCUGGAACACCCCUCGAGGGCCACAGAUGUACUCCUGCCUUACUUACAUUGAGAAGAACCUCCGGGUUGACUGUGAAUUCCCAGAGACCCACAAGAUCCCUGGGCCAUUCUGUGAGUUCAAACAGGAUGGGCGACUCAUGGGAUCCACCUACCCAAACACUCCGGUCCACAUGAUCCCACCUAUUGAGACCCGACGCCGAGUCAAUGUGACCCUGGUGUCACCUAACAUUUGUCGCCUCACAUGGAUGCCCAUGUCCGAUGACCGCGCAUAUACCUACACCUGCAGGGUUUAUCAGGGCAGCACCUGGAAGGAGAAUAGCAUGGCAUUCCACCAAAGAAAUCUUCUGGUGUGCUCUGCAUUAAGCAUAUUCUUUCACACUGGACCAUGGAUGAUUGCUGUUGUGAUAUCACUUCCUGUUUCCCUUGGGCUUCUGUCAGCAUGACCAGAUCAACAUCGAACAGGCUAAAACUCAAAGCCAUUCUCACAUUUAACUGCCUUUCACAUUUUUUUUUUUUUUUUUCAUCUUACAUGGCUAUGUUGACUUUCAUGUUAUUGUUUUUCUUAAAGUUUCUCUGGAGAUCAUCAUUGUCACAUGUUCAGGAUUCACAGUCAAAACAAAAAACAAACUAGACACGAUGCAUGUGACCCACUCAAGUAUGUCCAAAAUGCUGUUCAAUAUUAAACAUGAAAGAACAUUUGUAUACAAUGCAAA